AUGUCUGAUCCCAACAACCCCAAUAUCAAGAUCCGAUCCACGCCCCAGUGGUCUCUGUAUCGCCGCGAAUUGUUCUGGAACACGAACAAUGGGCAAUACCCGCUCUUCAACACCGACCCCGCUGAAGUCGAGAAACUUGCCAAGCAGAAGCUUUCCCAGACCGGAUGGUACUACUCGGCAUGUAAUGCAGGAAUGUCGUUGACCCACCUGGCCAACCGCCAGGCCUUCUAUCGCCACCGGAUCAUUCCGCGAACUCUCGUCGACACCAACCUGCGGGACACGGUGGCAGAGAUCUUUGGUCACCGCGUUUCUGCUCCGAUUGGCUUUGCCCCCAUUGGAAUCAACCGCAUUUACCACCCAACGGGCGAAUUGUCCGUUGCCAAGGUUGCUCAGGAACUGAACUUGCCCUACUGUCUGUCCUCGGCCGGGAGCUAUAGUAUCGAGGAUGUCGGCAAGGCCAAUGGCAACGGGCCUCGGUUCUUCCAGCUGUACCAGAGCCACGACGAUGAGCAAGCGCUAUCCAUGAUGCAGCGAGCAUGGGAUUCAGGCUUUGAUGCCUGUAUGCUCACCACCGACACCUGGUCGCUGGCUUGGCGUCACAAUGACGUCUUCACCGGCAAUUAUGCAUUCUACCAUGACCACGGAGCUGGCGAUAUUGCUCUGAAUGAUCCGGUCUUCCUGAAGAGACUCAAGGAAGCCAAUAUUGAUCCUAAGAAGAACCCGAAGGAAGCCGGGGCCAAGUGGAUUGAUGAGAAUAUCUGGCACGGCCGGGCCCUAACUUGGGAGAAGGUAGAAUGGACGAAGCAGCAAUGGAAGCGGAUUAGCGGGGGAAGGCCCUUCUGCUUGAAAGGGAUUCAAGAUGUUGCAGCAGCCAAGAAAUGCGUUGAAAUGGGCAUUGAUGGCAUCGUAGUUACCAAUCACGCUGGCCGACAGGUUGAUGGUGCGAUAGCCAGCCUUGAUGCAUUAGAGAAGAUCGUGGACGCUGUCGGUGAUAAAAUCUACGUGAUGUUCGACUCGGGCGUACGAAGUGCCGCCGACAUCUUCAAAGCAUUGGCACUGGGUGCUAAAUUUGUAUUCAUCGGUCGCUUAUGGGUUUGGGCUCUGAGCAUUGCCGGCGAGCAUGGUGUUCGCCAUAUGAUGAAGAGUCUGUUGGCGGAAUUCGACAUCCUGAUGGAAGAGGCAGGAUUCCAGUCGAUUGAUCAAAUCGACCGCUCGGCUAUUGACAGCCUUCCUAACUCUUCCAAUUUGGCCUCGGAGCAAGUGCAGAUAUAA